AGUGGAGGAGAGCUAUUCGACAGGAUUGAGCCUGAUUUGGGGAUGCCAGAGAGAGAAGCUCACAGGUUUUUCCAGCAGUUGAUAGCAGCUGUGGAGUAUCUCCACAGUGUAGGUAUCACCCACAGAGACAUCAAGCCUGAGAACAUUCUACUGGACGAUAAAGAUAACCUAAAGUUGUCAGACUUCGGUCUCGCUACGAUGUUCCGUCACCGUGGGCGAGAGCGGCGUCUGAACAGGCUGUGUGGAACGCUGCCGUACGUCGCGCCUGAGCUGCUCAGCAAAUUAGAGUUCAGCGCUCAACCAGCUGACGUCUGGGCCUGUGGCAUCGUCCUCACUGCCAUGUUGGCUGGCGAGUUGCCAUGGGACCAGCCCAGCGAGAGCUGCCAGGAGUAUUCUGAUUGGCUGCAGAAGAAGACCUACCUCUCCCCCUGGAAGAAGGUUACACACACCCCCCUCUGUCUGCUAUCUAAGCUGCUCCGGGCCUUGCCAGAAGAGAGGCUGUCUAUAUCUGAACUCAAGACCGAUCCAUGGUUCAGUCAGACCCUCACAUCUUCAUCCUCUCACAACAAACUACUGUGCUCCGACACACAACUACACAGGAACAACAGUGACAGGGUGCAGUUCUCCAGCUCCCAGCCAGACCCAGCGCUGGGUGUGUGUGUGUGGGAGGGAAGUGUUUGUGUCGGAGGUGCAGACCAGGUCAGCUUCUCUCAGCCGGCCAGACCAGACAACAUGCUGCUGGGGAGUCAACUACUGGGCACACCUGGAGCCAGCCAGAACCCGUGGCAGCGGCUGGUUCGGCGGAUGACAAGGUUCUUUACGACUCUGGACUCUUCAGCUUCCUGCUCCGCUCUGAGAGACACCUGUAUCGACCUGGGCCACACCUUCAAACACACCUGCACCAACCAGGUAACGGUCAGUACUCUGGAUAGACGGAACAAUAAGUUGAUAUUUAAGGUUCAUCUGAUGGAGCUGGACCAGAGAGUUUUACUGGACUUCAGACUAUCCAAGGGCGAUGGUCUGGAGUUUAAGCGUCUCUUCCUGAAGAUCAAACAGAAGCUAAGUGACAUCAUCAGCACCCAGAAAAUACCACUUCCUGUCACAUGAUCAGAUGCCAUCUACGCCACGGAACGCACACACCAGAUGACAUCAGACUGUGUGUGUGUGUGUGUGUCUGUGUGUGUGUCUGUGUGUGUGUCUGUGUCUGUGUCUGUGUCUGUGUGUG